AGGCCCUGCGGUGGCUUGCAUGCUCCUGCCGGCAGCACGUCGGAUGGUGCCUUUAGGGCCCUUCACUUUCCCCAACUUUUCGCAGUCUUCCAUAUCAGGAUCAGUGACUACAGCUGUGCACGGGACUUUAAGUGUAGUUGCGCCAUAGAGUUGAUACCGGCUGUUUUAUUUUCCCUUAUUCUCUAAUUAUACCUGGCAUGGAAUUUGCCUUUUUCGAAGCAGCUGCACAUUGGAUGACACAUUCCUCGAGCCGACCACCACAGCCCCUUCCCGGUCAGUAACUUCUGGGCUCAGAUUCCAUCAGUCUGUAUGUUGUGUUGGAUACUUUUUUUGCCCCAGAGCUUCACUUUGCACUUAUGUUGAACCGCUUUUGUCUUUUUUGGCCCUUUCUCCCAAAUUGGUGAGACCUUUGGGGAGCUCUUUACAAUUGUUUUUGUUUAUUAUCCCUAAAUAAAUUGGUAUCACCCACAGGCUUGACUACCUCCCUACUUUCUCCUAGUUUCAGCUCCUUAUGAACAAAAAGAGCUCUCUGAGAGGGAUAGUUUAACUCUGUGCCUGCCCUGAGCGGGGGGUUGGACCGGAUGGUCUUCUGGCCCCUUCCAGCUCUACUCUUCUAUGAUCCAGUGGAAAUGAAAAGUUUUGUUCUUACUACUGAUCCUUUUGGUACCCCACUGUUUAUAUUUCUCCAUCUGGCAGAUUGACCAUUUAUUCCUCCUGUCUGAUUUUUCUAACCAUUUACUGGUCUGUUAAAAGGAUCUUGCUUGUCAAAAGCCUUUUGGAAGGACACGUAAGGAAUGUCUACCACAUGGCUGUCGACACUCACAAGGAAUUCUAAGAAGCUAAUGCGGCAGGACUUAACUUUAUGGGAGCCAUGUUGGUUCUUUUUCAGCAGGGCCUGUCCUGCCAUAUGCUUACUAAUUUAAACUUUAAUACUUUCAAUGAUUUAUCCAGCACAAACACUAAGCUAAUUGGCCUGUAAUUUCUCAGGUCCAUUGCCAGUCCCAUUUUAAAAACUAUUAUUAUAUUGACUUUUCUCCAGCCCUCACGGAGGCUGAUCUUGGAGUUGUUUAGAUAUUUUGUUAGAAGAUCAGCAAUUUUGUAUUAGAAUUCUUAAAGAAUACUAGGAUGGAUAGUAUCUGAGCCAGUGAAUAUUAGCAUUUAGUUUAUCAAUAAAGUUGACAAUUCCAGCUUUUGCUGCUCUUUACUACCUUAGUUCCUUGGACUCCUUUCUUGAAUAUAUCAGUUCAGGUGAAGUUACCUGUCCCUUAUCUUCUUCAGUCUUGACUCCAGGGAACAAGUGUUUUCACUGAGAGACAAGCUCAUCAGAAUUGAGCGUGCAGCCAUAAUUAAUGCCCUGGCUCUGAUAAUCAUGUGGUUGGUCAGCUCAGCACUGAGUGAGAGGCCUCGGCAGCCUUGCUGGCUAUCUCUCUUCGUAGCUUUUUUAUUGCUGUUACCCGUCUGCUCACGUGGAAUUUGCGUUGUUUACUAGGAGAAUGCAGGCAGUUACUCAGUGUGGGGGGAAAGUCAACUGUCCUGUUGCUGAACUUGCACGGGUGUGCAACCCUGUUAUGCGCCCCUAGUUUGUCACCGGGGUGGAGAGGCUUCCUUACUGGGCCUCCUCGCACUCAGGGCUGGCCCCCUGGCCGGCUUCCUUCUUUAUGUGGCGCUCUCUCGCCUGGCCCAGUGCCUGUUGCAGCCAGUUGGAUUAGCAGGCCUCAUCUGAAAGGCAGGGGAGGCCUUUGAAAACUUUCCUGUAUUAAGCAUGACAUUGGCAGCCCCUUGUCAAGGGAGAUGGGGGAGCCACAGGGCAGCUAGGGUAGGAUCAGGGGCAAUUGGUAGACAGGCUGACUCUGCCCCCUUUGCUCUGGACAUUCCUGGCCAGAUGCUACACCUGGGAGGUAUCCAGCUUGUUCCACUGGCCACACACCUGUUGGGUUCUGCCUUCUCCUACGUCUCAAUGUGGUGAUGUAGCUCUUGAGCCCAGCUGCGGCUGGGAUUACCCAAGCGACGGCUGCCACUGACACUGGAGUAUCCCCUUACUAGAUUAUUUGGAACGAGCGCAAGACCAUGACUGAGGAAGAAUGACCACCCAGGAGCGCCAGGUAACAUUAUACUGGUGCCUGGGCAAGUCCAGUGAACAGUAAAGCUACCCUGGCCAACUUCUGAACCUAAAAAUGGAUCCUGGCAUCUAAGAACCACAGAUACCUUUUUAUGUUUAGGGUAAGCUUAAAGGUACUUUCCCCGGUUUUUGUAUCUUUUAGAAAAGACAGAAGAAAGGUCUUGCGGAUGUGAAAAUUUCCCCAUGAAAAGUAGACAUACCCAUUGCGGUCAACAUAGGAGUCUGUGGCUCUCAUUCUCUAUUUGGCAGCAGUUGUUUGGAAGGGCACAGCCUCCUUUGCUCAGGUUUGCUGUUCCUGCUGCCCUCAUUUCUCGCAGCUGCCAGGCUGCUUCUAAACAGCAACAUGAUUUCUUUGCAUCGCUGUGAUAUUCUUUGAGUCCUAGCUAGUGGCCAGCUUUUCAAGUACACUUUUUUGGUGUGAAAAAGGCAUAAUUCUGUGUGUUUUCUGUGUCAGUACUGGAGAUUGCAGUUUCUCCACCAGGAUGGAGGCUGUGUCUGUUUGCACUGCUGCUGUCGAGACGCUAGAGAAGGUGCAUCAGGUUGACUGAGCCAUCCACCCCAGGAGAGGGGAAGCUGCUCCAGGUCCCUCCAGAUGAGCCGUCCCCAAAGGCCUUGCCUGCUGGGCAUUAUGGGAGGUGCCAUCCCGCACAGGGAGGACACCGCGUUGGGGAGGGCCGCUCUAGGACAGGCGGGGUCACUCGCGUUGGCCUCCAGCCGUCAGUCAGGCUGCCCAUCCGGUUCCCAAGCUGCUCUGUUGACGCAGGGGAUGAGAGGCUGCCUGAUCAGUGCAAGAAAGAAAAAAAAGGGUGAAAAAUGGCUUUGUAAGAAAUAAGCAGCUCCCUAGGAAGAAGAGGAGGAGCACUUUCUGUUACCAGAAGCCAUUCCUUGGAGUUGGGCAGCUGCUGCGCAGUCUCUGUGAAGCUGCGUUGAGAUGCCAGUUUUGUAAAUACCCAUUUCCCAGUAGUCUGUAGCAAGUAACUUGUAGGCAGAGACAGCUACAAAAGUUGGUGUGAAUUUUCUUUCAGGCCACAACUGCCUAAUCGUGGUGGAUGAGGAGAGGUAACUUAGUAGACUGGGAGACUGUAGGAGAGGCGACUAAACCGGGGAAGUGCGUCAGGGAUUCCACCCACAGAUGCAUCUCCCACACCCUUCCUGGGUGAGCGACGUGCUUGCCUCUCUGUCAUUGUACUUAUGCUAGUAAUUAAAGUGAGCUUGGAGUUAGCAAUUAAGUCUCACUUUUAGUGAUAGUUUUCAGAGCGAGAGAGACGUGUGCUUUGAGGGUUCUGCGCCUCAGAAUUCUCUUGCUGCGAGGCGGCCACACCUUCCCUAAAGCAGCGUCUGCUGCUGCUUGCACAGUCGGGCAGCUGGUUGGGUGGCUCCAUGUCUGCUCUGGCGUCUCUUUCCUGAGGUGGUGCCCCCGCCACUGUCACAAGGCAGGAUUGCUCCUCAUACUCCACCUUUUUGGGGGGGGGUGCCAUUGGACGCUAUUCUGUUGUCACUCCUGAGCAGCAUCGCAAAAAGGACAUAAUUUGAACUGACUAAGCGAAGCGUGUGCCAUUGAACCCUCGAUGCCGAUAACUGGUGCUGCUUUCUUUUCUUUUUCUUUUUUCUUUUCCUUUGGCCAGGAUAACUGGGAUGAUGAGGAAGAGGAAGAUGAAGAAAAGGAGAAAGAGGUAAAGCCAGAAACCAAAGUUUCAGAAAAGAAGAAAAUAGUAGAAAAAAUAAAAGAAAGGGAAAAACUUCAGAAGAAAAAGCAAGAGGAGAUUAAAAAAAGGUUAGAGACAUCAGAAGAAUCUAAAGAACUUACACCAGAAGAACAGUUAGCAGACAAACUACGGCUGCAGAAAUUGCAAGAAGAGGCAGACCUUGAGUUAGCCAAAGAAACCUUUGGUGUAAAUAACACUUACGGAAUAGAUGCCAUGAACCCCUCUUCGAAAGAUGACUUCACGGAAUUUGGCAAACUGUUAAAAGAAAAAAUAACACAGUAUGAGAAGUCCCUAUAUUAUGCUGGGUUUUUGGAAGCAUUAGUUCGAGAUGUAUGUAUUUCAUUGGAAGUUGAUGACUUGAAAAAGAUCACCAAUUCCUUGACAGUCCUGUGCAGCGAGAAGCAGAAACAGGAGAAGCAAAACAAGGCCAAAAAGAAGAAAAAAGGAGUGGUGCCCGGAGGAGGCCUGAAAGCGACCAUGAAAGACGACUUGGCAGAUUACAGUGGUUAUGACGGGGGCUACGUGCAAGACUUCGAAGACUUCAUGUGACACUUCUCCGCCCUUCUGUUGUUUCUCUGUUGCCCAUAAUCCCCUGAUGUGUAGCACAACUUCUUUCCUUUAAAUUCUGCCAAAUGCUACAAUCUGAAAGUGCAGUAUCUUUGCGAGGUCGGUGCCCAGUCAAUACUCCGCUGCAGACGCCUGCCUUGAUGUCGAGGGUAUAAACUGCCAGGGCUCAGUUCUUUUCAGUGGUAGGAAAUGAUGGAAUUUUGAUCAUGUUUGACUUCAUAGCAGCAGAAGCAGCACUUAAUUGGAAAGUAAUUUCAACCAAGCCAACAUCGUAUUAUUACCAACAUCGUUUAGUAAUAACAGCCUUAACUGUACCUUUUCCACAGACUCUGUCCAGACAAAGAGAGCCGCUUGCAGCGAGGAUACAGUGUGCAUCGAGUAUUAAAACUGGCUUUCUCUGUUCAGUGAGACCUUGAGGUUUUUAGUAGAUACUGGCAAAUGCCCUGAGGGAGGAUUCUGCACUUAGAAAGCACCUGUGACACAGCCCCAACUUCAACCCUGGCAAGUGGCAAAUCGCUUCUUUAGGUUAGGGUUGGGAGAUGGUUCAGUGGCACUGGAAGACGCGUGACUCAAGUCUAGGCAGUUUAGUUGACGCUUUUCUGACUCGGGAGGAAUUCUGUCACCAGGGUUUGGGGGCUACAGUACAGCUCUCGCAAGGCUUCGUUGGGUCUGUCUUCUUUUCUUUCUUUUCCCCAUUUACAGGAAUCCUGCUUAGCGAACUGCAACAGUUAACGACAGUUGGGUAAAUUGUUAUGUUAACAAUUAUGACAUCUGCAAAUGUUUUAUAAAAGCAACUAAUUUAAUAAAAUCACUUGUGAGGAUGGAGACUUUGGUCUGGCUGUUUCUGCCGUGGGCAGCGACUGGGACUGGAGAGCAGGUGGGGCUUCUUUGGCUCACGCUCUCUGGAGGCCAUGCUGGCUUUCUGAGCAUCCUCUUCCAGCCCAGCCCAGCCCCCUCGUCUCACGCCAGGCCUGCUUCAUCCUGACGCUCUCUGCUUGCUUGCACAUUUUCUAACUACUGGACUACCUGGCUUUACCGGGAAUUCUGGUGCCUGAGUCUAACACACUGAAUUCGGGCUUUCCCCUGUGGUCGUUUCCUCUCUCAUGGCUUACUGAAAGCUUUGGCUCUAGAAAAUGUCUGCAAAUGAAUCGUACAUAUAAACGGA